AUGACAACUAUUCAGCAGAAGUUUCCAGGCGUGCACUGGAUUUGGGGAGGAGGCAUCUCCUUUGUGUAUGAGGUCCAUCCUUCCAUCGUGGUCAAGGUGCCGGAAUCGGGCGAGGAGGAAAGAGACCAAUUUAAGAAAGAACUCAAGGUCUACGAAAUUCUUUCGCAGCAGCCACCCUGUCCUUUCAUCGUCCAGUGUUUCUAUUAUACCGAUAACGGUAUUUUCCUUGAAUACAUGCGAGAUGUUUCCCUCAGUUACCGAAUCCAAUGCAAUCAUACUCGCAACCAAGAGACAUUCAUAGUCACCAAGGUGGAGAAACUGGAACCUCUCAUACUCCGAAAGGAGUGGAUGAACAACCUCGCUCAAGCCGUCGCUUUCCUUGAAUCGCUCAACCUCGCUCACGGUGACCUUCGGCCCGAAAACAUUUUACUUGAUCGUGAUCGAUUGAAACUAUCGGACUUUGAUAACACAGCAGAACUCGGGACGGAUUUCGAAACCUGCACGGCCCCUUAUGGAAGAAUACUCAACGCCGAUGAGGCAGACCAAGGACCCCCAGGAUCUUCCGGCUGUCUCGGACCUCGAACUGAACAAUUUGCCCUUGGUUCCAUAUUCUACCUCAUCAACUACGGCUUUGAAGUUUAUGGAAACCAAUCUCUCGGUGACAAUCCUCGUGAUCACGGACCCAAGGUUGUCGACUUGCUACAGAACAAACAGUUUCCGAACUUGGAUGGUGAUUCGAUGAUUGACAACAUUAUCAGCAAAUGCUGGCACAACAAGUAUGCAACAGUUGCCGAAUUGGCUACUGAGAUGAAGACGGUUGUCCCCGAGAGAGAUACCGCGAGCAACACUGACAACGAAACAACAUCUGUUAACGAGGCAGCCAUCCAAGCAUUAACCAGUGGGGGAGAUACUGAUGACCGUGACACGAGUUGCUCAGCAGAUGAAUUCCUUUCGAAAAAAGCUUUUUGUGAGGACCUGAAGAAGCGUGGUCUUCUUCACAUGCUUUCUUCGGAAAAGCCGGAGCAGCUUGGAUUUACCCUCGAGUGGUACAGAUAUCAGAAGCAAGAGCUUGAUAGCAAAUGA